AUGGAUUUUGAUGACGAUGAAGCUCCACCACUGCUGGUUGAUGUAGAAGCCCAGGAGAAUGCCGAGGGGGGAGCUGACCGCAUUAGGGUCCCUAUCACCAUUGUCACAGGAUACCUUGGAGCAGGGAAGACAACGCUCUUGAACUACAUUUUGAACGAACAACAUGGGAAGAAGAUCGCUGUUAUUCUGAACGAAUUUGGUGAUUCUGCCGACAUUGAGAAGACUUUGACUGUCAACACAGGUGGUGAACAAGUACAAGAAUGGCUUGAAGUUGGUAAUGGCUGUAUAUGCUGCUCCGUGAAGGAUCAGGGUGUCAAUGCAAUCGAGUCUUUGAUGGAGAAGAAAGGGGCUUUCGAUUAUAUCCUUCUGGAGACCACUGGAUUAGCAGAUCCUGGGAACCUUGCACCACUGUUUUGGGUAGAUGAAGGGCUUGGCAGUUCUAUAUAUCUGGAUGGCAUCGUCACUCUUAUCGAUGCUAAGAAUGUCCUCAAGAAUCUUGAUGAGCCAGCUCAAGAGACUAUCCCGUCUGAGCACGAGCAUGAGCAUGACGGCCACACCGGGCCUUUGCUGACUACGGCACAUCUACAAAUAUCUCACGCUGAUGUUAUCGUCAUUAACAAAUCGGACCUUGUCAGUGAAGAAGAGUUAGAAGCAGUACAAGCACGAGUCCAGGCAAUCAAUGGGCUGGCCAAACUCCACAUAACUCAACAUGGCCAGGUGCCCCAGCUGGAAGGAUUUCUCCUGGAUCUCCAUGCAUAUGACAAUGUAGGAACACUGGAUGUCGGUUCAAAAGGGCACAGUCAUUUGGAUCCGUCAAUAUCAACAGUCACAAUUUCGGUCCCUGUGUUGACACCCGAGCAAUUGCCACAUUUGGAUGUCUGGCUUAGAUCAAUUCUUUGGGAUUCGAAAUUACCAGCUCCAAGCAAUGGGGCCGAGGAUGAGGACAGAGACAACUACAGCCUGGAGAUUCAUAGAGUGAAGGCAAAGCUGCCUCUCUCAACUGGAGAUAUCAAAAUCGUCCAAGGCGUCCGAGAUGUGUUUGAGAUCUUAGAUGCACCGCAAAUUACUUCACCAGAGCCCGGCUUAAACGGGAAGAUCGUUCUCAUAGGUAGAUUCCUCUUGAACAAGCCAUUCAAAGAGAGCUUCAUCAGCGCUAUAGGACAAACAUAA